GAGCAAAUACAGUCGCAGCUGGAGAGCCUCAGGAGAGAGAAAGGAGAACUGGAGAAACAGGAAAGGAAGGAGCAAUGGGUCUGCCAGGAGUAUCUGGAAAAAGUGAAGGCAGAGAGGCAGAAGAUUGUGCCUGAGUUUAAGCAGCUGCGACAGUACCUGGAGGAACAAGAGUGCCUGCUGCUGGCUCGGCUGGGGGAGCUGGAGAAGCAGAUUGGAACAAGAUUGCAAGAAAAUGCUGCUAAAUUCUCCGUGAAGAUUAUUUAUCUGAAUAGCCUGAUCAAGGAGCAGGAGUGUCAGCUGUCAGGACACAAGUCCUUGCAGCUUCGGCUGGACAAGCUGGUGGGCACAGCGGGCAGCGUGUGCGCCGGAGAAGAGAGGAAGGGUGCAGUGUUUCUCCGGAGCUGGCCUCCACAAACCACGUCCCUGUGUUGGUGGUGUUACCAGGCGUCACAGGUGACCUCUGGGUUCAUCGCUCUUUCAGAUGCUUUGGCGACUGACCAAGGGGAGAGAGUGGAGGAAUCACUGGGACUGUACACAAAAGUGAACGUGACUCUGGAUCCAGACACAGCUCAGUCCUGGCUUGUCUUGUCUGAAGAUCAGAGAAGCGUGAUGCGCGGAUCCACACAGCAGAGCCGGCUGGACAACCCGGAGCGAUUUAACCCGUGGCCUUGUGUGCUGGGCUGCGAGGGAUUCAACUCAGGGCGACCGUGCUGGGAGGUGGAGGUGGGCUAUGGGUCGUGCUGGGCUGUGGGGGUGGCCCUGGAGUCUGUGAAGAGGAAGGGACAGAUUGACAUGAGCCCCACGGGGGGGAUCUGGGCAGUGGGCCAGUAUAAGGAGAUGUUCCAGGCUCUCACUUCCCCAUCUCCCACCCCUGUCCUUCCUGGCACGAUCCCCCAGCGGGUGCGGAUCUGUCUGGACCAUGCAGGAGGGCAGGUGAUGUUCAUCAAUGUGGACAGCGAGGCUGUGAUUUUCACUUUCCCGCAAACCAUGUUUGCGGGGGAGCAAAUCCACCCCUGGUUCUGGGUGGGUAAGGGGUCCCAGCUCAAACUGUGUCCUGAGACCUGA